GAGCCUUAGGCUUGAGCCAAGAUGGCGGCUGCGAAACAGACCCUCACGGACUCGCUCUCGUUCUGCCUCGCGCAGCUCACGGCGGCGGCCGGGGAGGGUCUAGGUGGGGGAAAGGACACAGCUACCAACGAGACACCCUUGGGCCGUGCGCUCUUAGCCCUCCGCACGCGCCACGUCAAGGCUGCAGGGGGAAUCGAGCGCUUCCGGGCGCGCGGCGGGCUCCGCCCCCUUCUCGCGCUGCUACGGCGAGCGGCUGCAGCGGAUCCCGCCCCGUCCCAGGCUGGCCCCGGCUCCGCCCCCUCGUCCGUCGAGUCCGCGACUUCUGCUGGCCCCGCCCCCUCGCCGGGCCCUGCCCCCUCCGCUGCGUCGUCGUCCACGCCCUCGCCGCCAGCGCGCCUGCGCAAGACUCUGGACUUGGCGCUCAGCAUCCUAGCCAACUGCUGUACGGAAGGGGCGUGCCGGGCUGAAGUGCGCAGACUCGGAGGCAUUCUCCCUUUGGUGACUAUUCUUCAAUGUGUGAAGACAGACAGCAUCCAGAACCGAACAGCCCGUGCUCUGGGGAACUUAGCCAUGGAACCUGAGAGCUGUGGGGACAUCCAUUCUGCGGGUGCUGUUCCCUUGCUCGUUGACAACCUGACAGCCUGCCAGGACUCACAGUGCCUGCAGAGUGUGGUGCGCGCGCUCCGCAACCUGGCGGACUCACCCCAGCACCGCCUGGCCCUGGCACAGCAAGGAGCAGUACGCCCUCUGGCUGAGCUUCUGGCCGCUGCCCCAGACCCUGCGCUGACCUUGGCCCUAGUUCGGGCACUCUUGGAGCUGAGUCGGGGCUGCUCCCGGGCCUGUGCUGAGCAGCUAAGUCUGGGUGGGGCACUAGGACCACUGGUCAGUUUGGCCUCCCACCCCAAAAAGGCAGUACGAGAGGCAACUAUCCUGAUCCUUGCCAACCUAUGUGCCCAAGGCCUUGUCCGGCCUGCACUGGGCAAUGCUGGCGGUGUGGACGUACUACUGGGUGAGCUCCGGCGGCGCAGGGGGCCCAAUGGGGCUGGCCCAGCCUCCCAGCAGCCCCUGGUGCGGGCUGUGUGCCUGCUGUGCCGGGAGGCCAUCAACCGAGCCCGGCUGCGGGACGCGGGUGGUUUGGAGCUGUUGAUGGGUCUGCUACGGGACCCUCGUGCCAGUGCCUGGCACCCUCGUGUCGUGGCUGCCCUUGUGGGCUUCCUCUAUGAUACCGGAGCCCUGGGCCGGCUACAAGCUCUGGGACUUGUACCUCUCUUGGCUGGGCAGCUGUGUGGUGAUGCUGGUGAUGAGGAAGAAGAGGGAAGAGAAGCUGCUUCUUGGGACUUUCCUGAGGAGCGGACCCCUGACCGGGCAGAGGCUGGAAGCUUCCGAAGCCUAAGGUCGUGGCUGAUCUCUGAGGGCUAUGCCGCAGGCCCGGGAGACAUCUCCCCUGACUGGUCCCCUGAGCGAUGUCCCCCGCCUCCACCACCACCCGAGCCAGCUGAGCCAACCAGCCCCACCCUGGGUCCCACCUCACUGCGGACGCCUCGCACACUGCGCACACCUGGCCGCAGCCCUGCUGCCGCCGCCGAGGAGCCUUGGGGCCGUGAGGGGCCAGCGCUGCUGCUCCUGUCGCGAUUCUCCCAGGCUCCUGACCCAAGUGGGGCCUUGGUGACCGGCCCGGCCCUGUGUGGCCUGCUGGCCUAUGUGACGGGCUCGCCAGGCCCACCGAGCCCACGCGCACUGCGCAUCCUGGCACGCCUUACCUGCAACCCUGCCUGUCUCGAGGCCUUCGUGCGCAGCUAUGGUGCUGCGCUGCUCCGCGCCUGGCUCGUGUUAGGCGUUGCCCCGGAUGACUGGCCCUCGCUGCGUGCCCGGCCGGCUCGGCGCCAGCACCGGGAGCUGGGUGAGAUGUUGCUGCAGAACUUGACCGUGCAGGCUGAAUCACCCUUUGGUGUGGGCGCCCUCACUCACCUGCUGCUCUCUGGAAGCCCUGAGGACCGUGUGGCCUGUGCACUGACCCUGCCCUUCAUCUGUCGGAAGCCCUCUCUGUGGCGCCGGCUACUUCUGGACCAGGGCGGCCUCCGUCUCCUCCUCUCAGCGCUAACUCGGCCAGCUCCACAUCCACUCUUCCUCUUCUUUGCUGCCGACUCCCUUUCCUGCCUCCAAGGCCUGCUGUCUCCCACUGUGAUUCCAGCCCCUCCACCUCCAAUCCCCUUGGACCUAGAUCCCCCAUCCCCUUGCCUCUAUGAACCUCUGCUGGGCCCAGCCCCCAUCCCAGCCCCUGACCUGCACUUCCUACUGGACUCAGGCCUACGGCUCCCUGCCCAGCGAGCUGCCUCAGCUACUGCCUCACCUUUCUUCCGGGCUCUGCUAGCUGGCAGCUUUGCCGAAGCCCAGAUGGACCUGGUGCCCCUUCGAGGCCUGUCACCCAGCGCAGCCUGGCCUAUCCUGCAUCACUUGCAUGGCUGCCGGGGCUGUGGGGCCGCCCUGAGGCCCAUUCCCCCACCAGGCCAGCCCCUGCUGGGCUCAGAGGCUGAGGAGGCACUGGAGGCUGCGGGCCGUUUCUUGCUGCCUGGGCUGGAGGAGGAGCUAGAAGAGGCUGUGGGCCAUAUCCACCUGGGACCCCAUGGUGGCCCAGAGUCAGUGGGUGAGGUAUUCCGCCUGGGCCGGCCCCGGUUGGUUGCCCAUUGUGCCCGCUGGACCCUGGGGCCAGGGCAGUGCCCGCGGAAGCGGGCUUUGGCCUUAGUGGGGCUUGUGGAGGCAGCAGGAGAGGAGGCAGGGCCCCUGACCGAGGCUUUACUGGCUGUGGUGAUGGGGGUUGAAUUGGGGGCCAAGGGUUCCCGCUUAGACUGGUGAUGUUCCCUGGGAGGGGAUCCAAGGAUGAGUUGGCUGUGAAGGAGGACCCCCUCAGAGCAGCAUGAGAGGAGGCUGAGCAGAAGUCACCGUCAAGGAUUGAUGAGAGAACGGAACUAUACCCCCAAGGUGAUGGUCUGAAGAUGCAGGAAUGAGAAGCCAAGGCCACGGUUGGAGUAUGGAGCCCUCAGAUGGAGAACAGCCCAGGGCCCCAGGCAACCUGGCCUGGCCCAGCCUUCCAGAGUUGAGAUUAAAAACUUUGGAGUUGGAUA